UUCUGUCGGUCAAAAUUACCAGGCCUUCUGUGGCUUGCAAGGCUUGGGCCCCAUCAGUUUUGCCCGGGUCAUUCACACCCCCUCCCUUGUACGACGUGCAUGGUGGGCCAUUCUAGGGAAGCCAAUAUUACCUCAGCAAUGCUUGGAGUAUUUGGUAGCCAUCGGGGACCCCGCCUGCGGGCAUUACAGAGGUUGGAAACCACUGGAAAAGGUGAAGCGUGUCCGGUUGGUGUGAGAUGGUUUAUCAUUGCUUUGAUUCUGCAUAGUCUAUUGGGACGGACAAUAAUUCCACGCUGCCGAAAUCUGUUGGGGGGUGGGGACUGCUGCUUAUGGCGCCUGGAUGGUUGACGGAAGGAGACAUGUUGUGUAGUAUGAAUUAAUUGAUUCUCGCGUUUCUUUUUCCCGAUGAGAUGGAUGCAGAUGCAUCACUAGAGAGAGUGAGAGAGAUA